ACGUGUAAUUCACCUUUAUUGAUGACAGUGUGUACACACUGCUGUCCUUCAUCUCUGGGGAAAAAGAAAUGCAGAACAAUUUAAGCAAAAUCCUGCAAGUACUGUCAUUGCUUUCAUUCAAGGAUACCCAAUGGACCCUAGCAAUUGCGUUGUACCGCCUGCAGCCCAGUAAAUCCAAUGUUUUGGUAUGUUUAGAAGCGAAAGCAGUGGCAGUGGCAGUGGCAGCAGCAGCAGCAGCAACAAGCCAAGCCCCAUAUCCAUAUGCGCUGCAUGUGGAAUGUCUGUCUAGCUGUCAGUCGUCCUGGUGAUGUGGUAGUAGGACGCCUUUGCCGUGCGCCUCAGCCAGAAGCAAUAGGCAAUAGGCAAUAACUGAAUGUGGAAUGCGGAGCAGCGGAGCGGGAGACGAGGCGGAAGAAGGGGUGUGUGGAAUAAGGACAACGAGGCGACGCGACGCUACGCGACUGUCUCCUGACUGCACCAGGUACACAUAGAGACCCAGGCCCAGGCACAGGCCCAGGCACAGGGCUAGGGCUUAGGCUACACAGCCCCAGCCAGACCAGACCAGACCCGACCCGACCCGUUGCCAGUGCCAGUGGCAGUGCCGGAGACGCGACCCAAAAGACUGAACAAAAAAAAAAAAUCAACUCAAAAAUUGAACCAAAAUUUUGGGCGGAAGAGAGAAAAACCACGAGCAGAGUGGAUAGUAGAGGGAGAGAAGCGCCAGAAAGCAGCCACUGCAACGGAACGGAACCGAACCGAGCCACAGAGCGCGCCUCAAGUGGAAAGUGGUGCGAAAAGGAGUGGUGAGGAGAGGAGAGAAGCUCCUCCAAAAGUUACAGUAUCUGUAUCUGUAUUUGUAUCUGUAUCUGUGUAAUCCAUAAUCCAUCGUCCACCCAACGAAUUGACUGCAAUCGCAAAUUAGAUAACCGAACCGGGCUCUCAUACGGGCAUACAUUUGUGGACUCCUUUCCUGGACGGCCCUUGCAUCUCUGUUGGUCUACUCCCCCCGUACUCCCGUAUUAUGCAACGCUAGGAAGCACACGCUCGGGAGAGAGAGAGAGAGAGAGAGAGGAGGAAAUCGGGAAAGCCAUUUUGAACCAUGUCGGAAGCUCUUGCGGAGUCGCUCGCUCGCAUAGAACUAUUAUGAAACUCGAAGGUGGAAGUCGCACGCACGGCAACGGCCCAGGGUCUGGUGCAGGGGGCAGGGGCAGGGACAUUGCCAGGGACAGGCGCUGGUGCAGGUGCAAGGACAAGGACAAGGGCAGCCAAGGACAACAACGGCGACGGUGGCGGCAACACAUGCCAGGCGUCGCACGCUGAUCUCCAUGGCCAAAUGCCGCAGCAGGCAGUACUCCACCAUCCAUGAUGAGCCGCCUGAGUCGCCGUCACGUCGAGUCGAGUCGCCAGCACCAGCACCAACACCUACACCUACACCAGCUCCCGUCCCAGUUACAGCUCUCCCCACAUCCGCUGCAACAACAGCUGCCACGUCGCCACAACUUCAACAACAACAACAACAACAACAGAACUACUUACCUCAAACAUCUUUGCUGAAAAUCGAACCGUUCGUUCCUAGUUUUAAUCAACGACUUCGCCGGCGUCCUAUUGGUCGCUCACAUAGCACCCUAAGCCACAAUGUCAUCGCCCAGAAGCGUCAUCCAGUGCCCUCCACGGCCGCCGCAGCAGCAGCCCAAUACCAACAGCAACAGCAACAGCAAUCGGAGCUGCAGGUGGGUCAUCCACAGCAACAGCAGCUGAAGCGCAACUAUGGAACAGCCGCUCAGCUGCGGAACCAGCAACGAAAUCUGCACCGUGGUGUGGGCAUCACACGUCAACGCUCCAAGUCCACCUCCUCCUCGGCGGCCUCGAACAACUGUCGCCCGGCCACGGCCGCUGUGACGCCCAACACGCUGGUGGGCAGCACGGGAGGAACGCUGGUGAGCGGAGCCAUUGUCACGCCGCAGCCGAAUGGCAUCUGUCGCAUUCAACGGCUGGCCAAGGAGCGCGAGGAGCUGCCCGAUCGCAUCAACUACGAUCGGCGUGGCCUCACGGCCAUUCCCAUCUUCGAGCAGGAGCCCAAUCUCCGGCUGCUCUCGCUGCAGCACAAUCUGAUCAACACCUUCCACAUACCCAAGGAGCUGCCACCGCCACCGCCGCCAGUGCCGCCUGCUCCUCCCCCAGCAGUGUCCACGCCAAGGGAUGAAUACAGCAACAACAGCACUCACAAUCACAGCAACGGGAGUGCAAAGGAGGGAUCCGAUCUGGGAGUGCACACGCGACGCUCUGGCCUGCGGGGACAUCAUCACCAGCCGCGAUUGACGCGCGCCAUGACCAAUGCCGGGGGGAAUCCGCAGAACCAACACCUGUCGCCCAAGUCCGGCGGGAGUCCGCAUGCGGGCAGUCCCCUGACCACCCAAGCUCUGGCCAUCAACGGCGGAGGAGCCACCGGACGCUCGAAGCUGCCCAAGCGAGGCUACAACUAUGGCCAGGCGCAGCUGACGCCGCCGCCCGCUCUGCGAAUGCGCUAUGGCAUGGAAAAGUCCAAGAGCUUCAUGUCCAGCAGCCUGCAGGCGAUGAAGCACCAGCAGCAGCUCAUGCAGCGAAGGGCCCUGCUGAAGGCCACAGGAGGGGCAUUGGCUGGGAGCAUACUGCAGAGCUGCGACGAGAGCAGCGCCCUGAACGGCAGCACUCUGUCGCUGUGCGGGGGACUGGGCGAAGAGGAGGAGCCCAGUGUGGCCUCCAGCUACGCGCUGGAACAGCUGAGCAUCAAGAACAAGCAGCUGAGUCUGAGCGCCAGCUACGGCAGCAUCUUCCAGCAGCUGGUCUUUCUCGAUCUGUACGACAACCAAAUCGAGCGGAUAGCCAACCUGGACGGCCUUCCAGUGCUCUCAGUGCUGCUGCUGGGCAAGAACCGCAUCACGGACAUCGGUGGAUUGGCCUCCCUGAAGGACUCGCUGCGCGUGCUGGAUCUGCACGGCAACAAGCUGACGACGCUGGGCAGCCGCAUCAACUGUCUGCAGCAGCUGAAGUCCCUGAAUCUGGCGGGCAAUCAGAUACGUCAGAUCAACCAGCAGGACUUCCUGGGCUUGCGCUGCCUGCGCGAGCUGAACCUCAAGCGGAACAAGCUGCGGCGCAUCAAUGGCUUCCAGCAUUUGGUGGCCUUGGAGCGCCUGUGGCUGUGCCACAACGAGCUGCACAAAGUGGACGAUAUGGCGAGCAUAGCACGCGCCUCGCGUCUCCUGGAGGUGACGAUCGAGAACAAUCCCGUGUCCCUGGCCGGCGACUGUGUGUCCUUCCUGGUGUCGUAUCUGCCGCUGCUGCAGUCCCUCAGCCAGAUGCCCAUCACGGAGCAGGUGCGUCGCGCGGCGCUCGCCUGGCGCCAGCACAAGGAGCAGGCUCAGUCGACGCACGGCAGCUCGGAUGCGUACCACAGCAUCCGCAGGGAGGAGGUGAUAUCGAAUGCGCGCACCAACUGGGAGCUGCUGCGCUCCCAGCAGACCAUGGGUCGCCCCAAGAGCCGCCUCACCAGCGAGCUGGCCAAGAUCAACGAGUCCAACGAGGGCACUGCCAACGAGGAGCCGGAAACAGAGUCCGAGGAGUCGCAGCAGCAGCCCAAGGAGCUGUUGGACGCCCUGAUCAAACUGCCGCCCAUUGCCAAGAAGCUGCCAGAGGAGGAUGGCGUCUCAUCGGAGGCCUCCAGCCUGGGACCCAACGUGGACUCUUGUUCCAGUUGCUACAGCACCGACAACGAGGAGGGAGGAGGCAGCAGCAGCAGGAACAAACCCCCGACGACACCGCAGAUCGAUGAGAACUGCAACAGGGUGGUUGAGGGGGGAGUUGAUUCGCCUGUGCCCCCGCCACAAGACGGAGCAAAGACAGCGGCGCCAUCGCCCUCACCGCCAGCUCUUACACUGACGCCACCCGCUGCCCCUGGCACGCCUGUGCCGUGCUCCACGCCCACUCCGCCGCCCCCAUCGACAACGGCGACCCUACCCGUGCCCACAUCCACGGCGGCAGGAAGCUCAAGCGGCAGCCGUCCGGCCAGCAGUAAGCAGCGUCCGAGGCAUGCACCCAUCACGCAGCUGGGACUGCAGAUCAAUCGGGGCGGAGGAGGACCCUCCAAGCGGUAUAUGGCAGGCAGUUUGGUGAGGGCUCAGACCGUGAGCAGCAGCACCAGCAACAGCAGCAGCUGCAACAGCACAGGGCGCGCCAAGGCCACCCCCAAUGCGCUGUCUGUGGUGCCGUCGCAGACGAAGGCAUCGGCGCCGACAAGCGCAAGUGCUGGCCAAUCCUCUACGGCGGCGGCAACAGGAGGAGGAGGAGCAGCAGCAGCAGCAGCCAUCACCGUGACGAAGCCGACUGCAGCGGAGCGAGAGAGGGAGCAGGGUGGUGACUACCUAAUCGAGAUCUGCGGCCGAUACCUAAACAUUUACGGCCAGGGAGCGCUGCGGUUCAUCGACAAGCAGUGGAAUCCGGCCAAGGCCAACGACGUGCACACGCUCAACUUCAGCUACAUCAACUUCAACAGCAUCGUGUCCAUUCUGGGCAGGAUCAAGCUGCGCUUCCCCCACGCCGAGCACUUUGUCUUCCGGGAAACGAACAUCAGUUGCCUCGGCCAGCUGAACGGUCUGGCGGAGCUUCAGGGACUGGGCAGCCUGCUCAUCGAUGCGGAGGGGAACGGCAUAACCGCGAAGGUGGCCUGGAGAGCGUACGCCAUCUACAGGCUCUCCCACUGGGGCCUGAAGCAACUGAACGGCCAGGAGGUGACCGAGGCAGAGGUAGAAGCAGCCAAUGCCAUGUAUGCAGGCCUCUCGGAUCUCGUUCUGUGGUCCAUGCCCGAGGUGAUGCUCCAGCCGCUGCUGGCCCGUCUCCGCCUGGACGAGACGUGCACGGCCAGCAAACUGUCGCCCAAGGAGUGGCUCCUGCGGCCAGACAAUAAAUCCCUGCGCCUCGUCGUCGGCAAGGAAGCGCUGCAGUGGAAGAAGAAUGCUGCAACCGCGCCGCCUGUCAGCGGCACACCAACAGCAGCAGCCACUGAGAGUGGGGCCAAUGCAAUGGCGCCCAGUGCCAGGGAUCGGGGUAGGCAGCACUUUGCCCUGCUGCUGGAGAACACCUGCAAUGCGGUGGAGAAGCUGCACAAGCUGGAGACGCUCUGGCCGAGCAUGCUGCUCGAUAUUGUGCGCAACACGCUGCUGGACUACGCCCAGCUGGACGUCUAUCUGCGUAAUCUGAUGUGUGAGCUGAUGAAGUGAGCAAGGAGGAGCGCUGCCCACGAGCGGGUGAGUGCAGUUUGUAGACUUAUUGGCUUUUAGUUAGUGGCACACUGCGCGACAUGCAAACAUGCAAAACAUUAUAUAUUCCUAUGAUCCUAGGCAUUUACAUCCGAUCCGAUCCGAUCCGAUUCGAUUCGAUCCGAGACUCGCGAGAGACCAAACUUGUAAGGCGGCAGGCAUACAUACAACUAGUCCAAUUUUUAUAAAUAUUU